AUGGAUAAGAAGAAAUCCAGCAACUUCCGCAAGAGGAAGUUCAUGUGUCAUUUCUUUACCAAGUCUGGGAGGCGAAAACAAACCAUGCCCUCUUAUGACCUUUUUUUAUAUUCUAUUCAGACCUCUUCUUUGAAGUACCUGUCACAAGCGGGGCGCCGCACUUUCUUUGUCUUGAUAUCUCCUGACGAACCCGGUCGAUCAUGGCCUUCCAGACCUCAAAACAGCAACUCAGCGUAUAUUCAGAUCGACGGCCAGCUAGCUGAUCCCAACCAAAAGGUACGCAUGUGUGCCAUCAAUAACGUCCCGCGGCUACCCUUCCGUCUGCCUCAUAGCCAGUAUGAGGUUCGUGCGGAAUGCGUACGCAUUGCCACCAGUGGGAGCUCAUAUAUCAUUCAAAAGAAUGUUUCACAUUCUCGGUAG